UACAGUCAGUGUCCGUCUCAGAGUGAAGCCACAGGGCCAUGGCGAGUGCGGCUCCCAGUGGUAGCGCGGCUCCAGGGGAGUUGACCUGCCCCAUCUGCCUGGACGCCUUCCGCUGCCCUUGCACGCUCAGCUGCGGCCACUCGUUCUGCCUCAAGUGCGUGGAAGACGCCUGGGAUGCGGCCGAGUUCUUCUCCUGCCCGCAGUGCCGAGUGACUUUCCCUUGGAGGCCCAAGCUGAGCAAGAACGUGACGCUCACUAACCUCAUCGAGCAGCUGCGAGUGGCUGAGCCCAUGGCUGCCGAUGCUGCUGCUUCUGUUGUUUGCUGCGAUCAUUGCAGGAAGCCUGCAGUGAAGACUUGCCUCAAGUGUGAUACGUCGUUCUGUAUGACCCACGUCGCGCCCCACCGGCAGUUGGCAAAGUUUAGUGACCACGUCCUGGUGUCGCCCGGUGUGAACCUGGAGAAUCGACGGUGCGCGGAGCAUGGAGACGAGUACCUCUUCUACUGCGUUAACGACGGACGCCUCGUCUGCAGGGACUGCACCGUCACUGUAAAUCAUCGAGGGCACGAGCUCGUCACUCUGAAGGUGGAGCACGACAAACGAAAGAAACAAGUGGGAGAUGAGACGCGGGCAGUGGAGGAGAAAAGGAAGGAGGCGGAGGAGUCCGUGAGGCGGAUGGAGGCCGCUCGCAGGGACGUGCAGGUAUCCAUGACAGAUGAAAAGGCCUCAAUCUCGGGCAGAUUCACCCGCGCGAGAGCAGCGUUGGAUGCGGAGGAGAAGGCGGCUUUAGAGCAAGCGGAGCAGAAAGGGCGCGAGCUGCUGUCCCAGAUCAAGAAGAAGAUCGCUCACUACCAGCGCGAGAUCUUCGAGCUACAGGCAGCAGCCACUCGCCUGCAGGCCCUAGCGCAGGAGAGGGACUCGCUCGCGUUCCUGCAGGGGCACCUGGAGGAGACGCACAGGAAAAAGACGACUAUCACUCACGACUCGACACACUACAACAUGGGACUGAGUGUUGGGCGCAAACAGAGAGGGAGGGCUACAGCAGCUCCACCAUCAGCUCCCAGCCAAGAGGACAUUGCCUCAAUUAAAUACCCGCAGACAACUUUGAAACACUUCCCGUACGGACGCUCACCGACUCUGGACACAAACUCAGCUCAUAACCAACUCCAGAUCUCCUCGGAUCUCAGGACGAUGACAGGGGUCAAUGCCUCCCAGGGUCGCCCCGAUCACCCACACCGGUUUGAUGCCUGUGCACAAGCCCUGUGCCGUGAGAGCUUCUCGUCGGGCCACCACUACUGGGAGGUGGAUGUGGAGGGCGCGCAGUGGUGGCGGGUUGGAGUCGCGUACGGGACGAUCCCACGGAAAGGGGGUGGGGCUGCACAGUGGCUGGGAGGGAACGAUGCGUCAUGGUGUUUAGAGAAACUUGGCGACAACUUCUCAGUAGUUCAUGGUGGAGUGAAGACUGCACUGUCGGUGAGGGGGGCCCCCUCCCCCCGCAGAAUCGGUCUUCACCUGCACUGGGAGGGGGGGCUCCUGACGUUUUACCGCGCCGACUCCAUGGAGGUGAUUCACGAGGUUCGGCAGAAAUUCUUGCAGCCGCUCUACCCUGGGAUGUGGGUGCAGUGUUAUAAUGAACCAUUGAAGAUCGUGGAUCUGAGUCGUGCAUCCUGAGGAUGGGGAGAGAUAGAAACCCAACAAACCGAGACAGAAACCCACGAAACGGAUGAAAGGGGGGGAUCGUAAGGAGUGGGUGAAGUGAGGGUGAGAGGAAGGUGAAGGUGAGGGGAUAAUGGAGAGGAAGGUGAGGGAAGGUGACAGGUGAGCGUGGAGGGUGAUGGUGAAGAGAGGGU